GAAGUUGUUGCUGGCAGGAUCAGAGCAGGAUGCUCAGAGCGCACGUGAAGCGCUUUGCUAUGGGAUUGAGCCAAUGCUCUGCAGUGAGCUUAUAUUUCAGUGAAAUGCCCGUAACGUCCAAGGAGUGAGUCCAAGAAUUGGGCUCCCUAGAAAGAAAGGAGCUCGUUCAUAAUGAAGAUCUGUACAAGGAAGCCCAAGCUACUACUGGGCAUACAGGUGCUGAUCUUAGUCUUGAUUGUGGGGGGCAUUCUGCUGGGCAAGAGGCUUGCAAAUGAGGACCCUGGGUCAUUGAUGAUGUCAGGAGAGUGCGGGUCAUGGCAGCUGUUCCAGGGGUGGGGACAAGCAUCCCUGUGCAAUGGACGUGUGGGAAAAGCAGACUGGACAAGAAUGGAGUUGAGUUUUGGGUUAAGCCCCAAGCCAAGCCAGGAGUCAAGUAACGCUGACACACCUCUCUUGAAGGGCAAGGCAGCGAGCCAGGACAAAGAAGAGUCAAAAGGAGGGUCCGUCUCUGACAGAGUAAAGCGAAGCGCAGAGAUGAUGGGGAUCAAUGCAACAAGUUCUGUUCAAUCCACACCAAGUAGUGGGGAGCAUUCUGAAGAACAAGCAGGGCAAGGAGACCAGGGGGGUCCUGCCGGAGGAAGGAGCGAGGGGGAAGGGAAGGAGCCCACUCAGGGGGAUCCCUCUAGCCAGGGGGGUAUGCCGGAAGAGCUUAGCAAAACCCCCCAGAAAGAAGCCAGUGGCAGUAUUGGGUUGCCAAGUGAGUCCAACAAAACACUUGAAGAAAAAGGGGCCAGCAGCGAGGGGCAACAAAAGCACUACGGUGGAGCCCCCACAAAAGAGGGCCCCAGCGAGGGGGGCACAGAAACGAAGCCCAGACAAACCCCCAAAGAUGAAGAGGUCCCUAGCGGUGCAGAUGCGGAAACGACGCCUAAACAAACCCCCAAGAAAGAAGAGGCCCCGAAGAAGGAAAGCACCCACGAGUCUGUGACAAAUGAUCUCACUUUUGAGGAGGCCCCCAAAGAGGAGUUUGGGUGCGACAGGAGCUCCUGGAUGACGGACGUUUGUCGGCUGAACGGGACGGUCCGAAUCCAGACCGGUUCCACUGUGGUGGAAGUGUACACGCAUAGGGAAGAGCCGCUGGGCCCGUCGAUGCGCGUCCGGCCGCAACCGAGAAAGUACGAUGCGGACAUGAUGGCUGCUCGGAUCACGGAGUACGAGUUGGUAUCAAAGAAUAUGCAAGAGCUUGAGCCACGUGGCAGCCCCCAGUGCGACCACGUGUCCGACGUCCCCGGCAUCGUCUUCUCCACGGGGGGGUGGACCGGCAACGCUUUCCACGAGUUUACCGAUGUUCUGAUCCCCCUGUUCGUAUCUACCGAGCGAUAUCACCGCAAAGUUCGGCUCUUCGUUUCUGACGCCCCUGAACCGUGGCUUCGGAAAUACCAGCGGUUUCUGGAGAUCUUCACCGAGUUCCCGCUGGUGAACCUGGGGGAAGGCGGGGUUAGCUGGUGUUUAGAGCGGUUAACAGUGGGGUUAGAGAUACAUGGGUAUUUGACCGUCGACCCGGAGCGGAUGCCGGGGGGUGUACGGUUGGCUCGUAUGAGCGAGAUGUUUGCGCAGCAUCUGGGGAUGGUUAGCAAUAACCGGGUCGAUAAUAACCGGGUCAAGGAUACGCCGGUCGAGGGGAAUCAGGUCAACGGCAGCCCGAUUGAGAAUGGUGAGUUGCGAGGUGAAGCGGACGCACAAGACUCCUCGCAGGAGGCGGCUACUAGGAUUAACAAAACGGGUUUGAGCGGGCAAAGGAAGCUGCGGAUGGGGAUUGUGCGAAGGAACGGUUCCGGUCGGGUUAUCGAAAACCACGACCGGGUUGCGCAGAUUGCGGAGGAGGAGGGGUUCCAAGUGGAGGAGCUGUCGUUCUCGUACGAGUCGCCCAGCUUAGAAGAGGUGUUUCGGACGGUCCAGGGUUUGGACGUCCUGAUGGGCGUGCACGGCGCGGCGCUGACGUACUUCGUCUUCAUGCGCCCGGGGGCCGCGCUCAUCCAGGUGGUCCCCUGGGGCGUCCGGCGCGUUGCCGAGGUGUACGACGGAAUGCCGGCACGUGAACACGGGCUACACUACAUAGCGUAUGAGAUCGAGGCUGCGGAGAGCAGCCUCCUAGAUAAGUACGCGUUGGACGACCCGGUUAUGGCGGACACCGGGAGCGUAUGGAGGGGCGGGUGGGCGGACGGGGACCGGUUAUAUCUGCGCGAGCAGAACGUACGGCUGAAGGAAGAACGAGUGCGGGGGGUUUUCCGGGAGGCUCGGCAGACGUUGCUCGGGCAUGGCGGCGUUACUGAGACGGUGGAUCGACUUUAACCGUUUUCGCUAGCGAGUCUAAGCUGGUGUUGGGUUGAUCUUGACCUAUCUUGCUCGAGGGAUUAUGAGAGUACGGCUAUAUAUGACGGCGUUGAUGUUUACCGUUGGGUUACAGUAAGGGUUACAGUACUGGUUACACUGGACUGACUGCGGUUUGAGUGACCUAACGUGCGGUAUUUUUGCUCUCGAUCUUUCUUGAUGAUUCUAGCGAACUUGCGACACAACCGCUGGAAUCAGAUAGAUAGAUAGAGGAGCCUCUUGUAUAAUAUGUUUGUACAUUAAGGAGACAACUAAGGAAGUGGUCGUCCGAUCCAUUGACGGUAGAGGUGCUUGCAUUAGCUUAUCCCG